AUCUAACGACAUACAACAAAAGCUUCUGAAUCUAAAUUAUUGACUUUAGAACAAUCAAUUUGCAAAACUCUUUCAUUAAGGCUUAAAAUAUAAAUAUAACCUUUUAGGCUGAUCGUCCCAGCUGCACCAUUUUUCUUUUUUCUAUGUACCCAUGUAAAAUGAACACAUGCGGCCUGGACCUGGAAAAGGUCUCAUCCUUGGUUAGCCUUUAAAGUGUCAGCCAAUCAGACACCAGAAAUAAAAACUGUAACAUCCAGUCAUAGAUUUCUCAUUUAAGCUCUGUUCAGCAUGACAACAUUUGGACAUAUAAUGGCCAACAGUGAAUACCAUAACCUUUUCAAAGCAUUGUAUUGAUGUCUUUUAAAUACUUCUCGUCACUUUGACAAUUUCUUUUUAAGGAUUAUACUAAAAUGACUAAUACAUCUAGUAUAGCUGUAUUUUCACUGUCUGGCUUCAAUGCUACAGUCAACUACAGAGUCACACUUUUCUCUCUCACUUUAUUAUGUUACUGUGCAAUUUUGUUGGUAAAUGUGUCUCUCAUUUUAACCAUAAUCCUGGAUCAAAACCUACAUGAACCCAUGUAUAUUUGUUUGUGUAGCUUGUGUAUCAAUGGACUUUAUGGGACAGCAGGCUUUUACCCAAAAUUUGUUUCUGAUCUUUUGUCUGAUAUUCAUGUACUAUCAUUUGCAGGAUGCCUUGUGCAAAUCUAUGUCAUAUAUUCCUAUGCAAUGGUUGACUAUUCUGUUUUAGCUCUAAUGGCCUAUGACAGGUAUGUGGCCAUAUGUCAACCACUGGAGUAUCACUCUGUCAUGUCUGUGCGAAGGACUGCUGUGUUAGUUUGUCUGUCCUGGCUUGUUCCUCUGUGUGCAGAGGCCUGGAUGAUAUCUCUGACUUCCAAACUGAAAUUAUGUGGCUCCCACAUUCAGAAACUUUACUGUGAGAACUGGUCAAUUGUUAAACUUGCUUGUAGUUUAACAAAAGCAAAUGACAUAGUUGGACUGAUUUUUAUUGGUUUCUAUUGUGGGCAUGUUCUCUUCAUCGUGUGUUCAUAUGCACAGGUGGUAAAGUCAGCUUUCAAAUCCAGAGACAGCAUGAGAAAGUUUACACAGACAUGUGUGCCACAUUUAUUGUGUUUGUUUAAUGUCACAACUGCUCUGCUUUUUGACAUCAUGUACGCUAGAUAUGGAUCAGCUUCUGUGCCACAGCAUGUAAAGAACUUCAUGGCCAUACAGUUUCUUACAAUUCCACCUGUUCUCAACCCGAUUAUUUAUGGACUGAUCCUGACUAAAAUUCGAAGUAGAAUCAUGUAUUUGUAUGUAAUGACAGGCCAAAGGUUUAAAUUAAGACUCAAGGUCUGAAUUGAAUUAAAUUGAAUUGAAAGUCUGAUGUGUCAGUGUUCCUCUAUUAUGAAACACAGCUGACAACAUUUAUCACUAACUUUUUUCUGUUUUGGAAUUGACCUAUUCUUUGUGUGUUUCUAUGAUCAUGUUAUUAAAUCUGCAUUAAAAUUCAAAGAGGUCAGGAGAAUGCUUUUGGAGAAACCUUUUCCUUAUAAUAUCUGCUUAUUGCCUCAACAACUACUAACAACAUAGUUGGAUUAAUUAUUGUCCCCCUCUAUUGUGUGUAUGUCCACUUCAUUGUGUGUUCAUAUGUACAGCUGGUAAAAUCAGUUUUGAAGUUAAAAGAGGGCAGGAGGAAGUUUACACAUGCCACAUUUAUUGUAUUUGUUCAAUGUCACAGCUGCUUUGCUUUUCGAUAUAAUGCACUCGAGGUAUGGAUAAGCAUCUAUGCCACAGCAUGUAAAGAACUUCACAGUUUCUUAUGAUGCUCGAUUAUUUAUGGCAUGAUCCUGACUAAAAUUUGGCACAGAAUGGCAACUUUGUGUGUGAUGGCAUGUUAGAGAUUUAAAUUGAUACUGGAAGUUUAUUCAUAAAAUCACUUUACUGUCUUGGGGUCACCAAGACACCAUACUGUCAUGAGGUCUCAAUGUACAGACAAAGUAGUCAGUUUCUACAAUCCAACCUGAAUACUCUGUUGUGGUCUACUCACACAUGGAGCUCAAGUAUAAAUCUGGAGCCUCUGUGUACAGCAUCUGAGUCAAUGUAUGUUCACCUUCUAUUGGCUGAUUUUAUUUUAAAUAACGCCAUGAUAUUGCAAUAACACUGGUAUGAUCAUGGAGACAGUGCCUGUGACCCUAUGUUUUUUUUUUAAAUACCUCUUUCAGUAAGUAUGUAAACAGGGUCAUGGGAGAUGUUUAAGACUGAUUAACUGAAGUCAGUUUCAUGUAUUUGUAAUUAAUUAAUCUCACUAUCAUAAUGCUGUUUUUGACAUACUUUUUUAUGUAUUUGAUGCUUUCUUAUGUAAUACUGUAAUACUAAUACUGUCACAAUGACAGGAAGAGAAUAAUUUAAUGACAACUACAGUGGCAUAUGUGUCAUGGUGUGACGAUACACUCAGACAAUACAUGAUAUUGGGCUCAUGAAAACGAGACAAGAUUUUAACACUAUUUUUAUGAAAACUUCAAUGACAAAAUAUAUGACUGCAAAGACAGUCUUUUAUUUGACUCAAAGUAACAAAAUGCAAAACAAUGCAGGUGCAUUUUGAAAUGUCUGUGUAUGAGUUUCUUCUUACUGAAGCUGUGUGUGAACCUCUAACUGAACUCCUUUCCACAAAUGGAACAUAAGAAAUAAAGACAGUAUAAGAAAAACAAAUAAAACUACAUUUUCCUUAUCCAUUUAUCUUUAGUUUAGUCUUAUUUUUUAAAUACAAAUAAUAAGGUACUACUCAAUACUGUGCAAACAGAGACUGACCAAUCUUUUCUAAAAGCAUGAUACACAGCUAAGAGAUGGUUACAGCUACACAGCCCAGCCAAACAAAUGGUCAUGUUCUUUUUCAAGAAUGGGUGUCUUUGCAUACUAAUUGCCAUUUAUUUUUUCUACUGGGUAUCCAAAAUGUUGUCACACAAACGAUUUAAAAGUGGAGGGGGCAUCUGGUCAUGCUAGCUCUAGCUGGAUACCGUCUCGAGAGACAGCUUUUCACCUCGACAAGAAAUAUCAUCAUGUUUUAAUAUCACAAGAUCUUGUGGCACGAGAUCUCGUCCCACCCCUAAUGGACAGCAAUUUACAAUGAUGAUGAUGAAAUACAAGUGAUGUAAUUACCAGUGUCCGGACUGACUUGCAUAUCUUCACCAUACUGUAAAGCUCAGAGCUGAUGAAAGGCUGCUGUUAUGGGUAUCAUUACUGUGACCUCCCUGGUGUACCUCACUGGAAAACAACAGGCCUCAGGGGACAGGGUUGGCUACAGCCAGCUAAUUAUGAUCCGGUCAUACAUGUGUCUCACAGGGUGGCCUGCUAAACAAAAGCUUUGACACUUUUUAUAAUUAGAGAAAAGACAAUUUAAAUUAUUCACAGUGUCAUAUUUUUACAAUUUACCAGUGCUGUGAUUAUAAGAUAACACUGAAUUUGACAGCUGUCAAAGAUCAUCACCCUCAGAGGGGUUACUGAAGUUGUUGUUUUUAAGGACUGACGUAGACUACAUGUUGUUGUUAUGGUAGAAGUGGUCAACAGGUCACUGGCUCCUUUCUCCUCUGAGAGCAAUUAGUAGAACAACACCACUCUGGAGAGCCAGAUCUGGGCUCUAAUUCACACAUACAGACCCUUAAGCCAGUGUACUGUCAGUCUGAAACAGUAAUACAUACAUCAAACCACAUUUAUGUUUUAUUCUCUUUUAUACUGUUCAUUGAAUUCAGUUGCUAAAUUUUCAUGGGUCUGGCUUGUUAGUUAGUUUAUGCAAACCAUAAAACCCAGAAACAAUUAUUUGCGACAGAACUGUGUUUAAUGCAGUCAGUAUAAUAACCACCCUAAGCUACAGCAACACAAUGUCCAUAGAGCUGAUUUAACACAUCUCAGACACAAUGUCAACUUAACAUUACAAGCGCCUGUACUUCAGGGCUUUUAUAUAUCUGUAAUUAGUUACUUGCUAAAUAGAUCUUGACACAUCUUUAUAUGGACUGGGAUCCUAUCAGAUGGGACUGCUCCGGACUUAUCACUAGAUGCUGAACUAUCCAAUACCAUCAAAAAGUAUCAAACUAAUGUCACUGUCGUCAUAGUUUAUGGUGUUCUGACACCUUCUUCAUCACACAGGGUUACAUGUUAUCACUGCAUCUUCGGAACUCCUGGCCCCCAUUUUCCUGUCAGCAUAAAGCUGGUGUUUUGGAGCAGCAGAGGUUGUGUUCAUACUGAUCCGAAGAAACUGAAAUUUUGUCUCUUUGUGUUUCCUAUUGCAAAUGCAAAGCAUUUUUUCUAAUUUUAGUUGGAAGAGCUGUGGACGUACAUUUAUCAAAACACCGAUUACGAAACAAAUUUUCAUUGAUAGGUGCAUCAAAUUACAACUUUCAAUGCAAUCAAAAUUGAAUCUAGGGUUGAUUCAAGGGAUUAACAAAGCAGUAGAUUUUGAUUAAUCUACACAUGCACUGUUCUUCGGGCCACAUCCUGCUUUAAUUAUAGUCCCCCUAAUUAACCAUGUUUAUAUUCUUUCAUUUACUCUGUGACAUGAGCAACAGCAGCCCACAUACUUAAAUAACUGGAGUUACAUCCAGGCAGUAUCCUGUCUCAGAGAUCUAUGACUGUGAUCUAUAUAAAUUCAUAUCAAUUACAGUGGAUUGUAAUGGACAAGGUUUCAUGUCAAAGAAAAAAAAAGUAAAUCAUAUCAUAUAUUAGAAAAUUCUCAAUGACACCUGGUGAUUACUGUGCUGUAAAUGGUAGUCUGUCUCUGGUUUGAGUGCAAGUAGUGCAUUGUAACGUUUUGAUCAUACAUAUUAGAAUUCAUUGUAUUUGACAAGUAUCCAUUCUGAUAUGGCUGCAUUUCUUCAUGAAGGAGCAACCUACAAACUUGGAUGUGUAUGACUUUUUGUGUAUAAUAAAAAGUCCAUGAGAAAAGACACUUGUGUGAAACAAUACAUUGAGUGGUCUAGCUGUGUUGGCAAUGCUAUUAGAUGAAUAAUGUUAAAAAACAUAAUGCUCUGUCUAUUAAAUAUACUCUAUUGAUUAGGCCUGUGUUGCACUGCAGUUUACAUGUUUAUACCAAGACCAAUCAAGUAAUCAAACAAUCAAAUCAAUCUAUCACUCACAAACUUCAAAAUACAGAACAACAAUGACAACACAAUCUUGGGCCUAAUUGAGUGGUGUGCAGUGAGCUAGGACCACACAAGGGACCACUGAGCUACUGGUCUGGACCAAAAAGUGGACCACUGGUUCAUAUUUAUGGACAGUUAAAUUAAAUAGAUAGCAUAAUUGAUAGAUAAGAUAGAGAAAUCACUAGCGUCCAGUUUAGCAUUAGUCACUGGACAAACAACUGGAUUGGCUACAACCCUGCUAAUACUUUCUAUUGACUUCAUUUUGUACAAUGUACAGCUUUUGACAUGUGGCUAGAAGAGAGCACUUAAGUACCUACAACCUAAUGUGAUGCUUUGUGACAUUUUUAUUGGUAAAACAUAUGGAGAUGCCUGGAAGUCAUACAAGCUUCCUUUUGAAGUCUGAUGAUGUUCUAAGUUAUUUCAUCUUACUGCGUCAGUGUAUGGCAGUGAAAAAUAGCAGUUCCUCACCUUUUCUUUUGUGAAUUAAGAAUUCUUUUCCUUCUCAUUUUCAGUAAACUUAUAUAUAUUGUCAAAAGAUUAUAGCCAUGAGUUACGUGGUUAGUUGUUUCUGCAUGGCUGUAGGAGGGAGGACAUGAUGAAAUGCUCCAAUAGUAAAAUAAUGUGGUAACACCUACCAGGGCAGACAAGUUAAAAGUGGCUGAACACCUCCCACAACCUUCAGUUGUGUUUAUCUAUGUAUGUACUAAAUGUACUAAAUAGCUUGACAGGUGUAAUUCUUUUUGUUUAAAAAAAAUGUGUGAUGCUGCCUGUUUAGUUCAUUUAGAUUGCUGAUUGUGAUAAGAGAUUAU